CACACAGACCAGUGACAGUGGGAGAAGUGGACUGGUUUGCCUUCAUGAACCUGUGGGAUGAAGGAGUAACGGAGAGAUUCUUUUCUAGAGUUUAAUAAGUUCUUAAUGCAUCAGUAAUGCAGACGCCGAGGUCACGUGACACCCUGCUCUGAACCAUCGGAGCGCUCGCUCUGUGUCUGUGAAUCAGUGGUGGGAAAAAGUGAAGUGAGUUUUUUAAAGACGAGACGACCGGCGUGUUUUCAUCAUGAAUCUGACGCAGCGGAUGAAACUUCUGAAGCACUUUGGCUCUGUGCCCCCGGAGCCUCCUCCCCCGCUGUUGCUGGUGCCUAGAGCAGGCAUGGAGGAGCUGACGAUAUGGGAGCAACAUACGAUCACACUCAGCAAAGACUCAAAAGUGGGGUUCGGCUUUGCCAUAUCGGGGGGGAAAGACAAGCCUCACCCGGACAACGGCGAUACAACGGUGGUGGUGUCGGAUGUGCUUCCAAACGGACCGGCCAUCGGACGCCUGUUCCACAAAGACCAGAUCGUGAUGGUGAACGGCGUGUCGAUGGAGAGCGUCCACUCUAACUUCACCAUUCAGACCCUGAAGUCAUGUGGCAAGACGGCAAACAUCACGGUGAAACGCCCCCGCAAGAUCCAGAUCCCAGCAACCUCCAGACCAUCUAGAGCCGCCUCCCAUUCCAACCUGCUGGACCAGGACCCCCCUAGACGAACGCGACGCUACUCUGAUGGCAGCGACAACAGAGAAGUCGGCCGCUACCGCGCCGGCAGCGCCUCCCCAAACCGUAACGGUUAUGGAACCCUACCGCUGAUGUCAUCGGGGUACAAGAGGCUGCCGUACCAGGACGUUCCCGACAAACCAAUCAGAACAACGCUCCUGAAAAAGAAAAUCACAGACGGUAAGACUUCAGGGAGUAAAGAAAGGAAACCUAACCUUUAAAUGAGCAACUCCCUCUA